GUGGCGACUCAGGAAUGGGGUUGUGUCGGGAGCAGAGGCUGCGGUGACGAUGGAAGAAGUACAAAGAUAAGGGAAGCCAACAACACUGACAACAUGAAACCCCAAGACAGAGCUUCCAGGAGCAGGGGAGGGGAGCGGAAAAGGUGCGACUCGUUUGUGAACAGCAUGUUUGAAGAAGCGAAAGACGCUGACGUUCUUAAUGCUUCUCCAGGAGAUGAGGCAGAAGUUGUUAUCCGGAUGUGGAAAAAUGGGUUUACAAUCAAUGACAGUAAACUCAGGGAUUAUACAGAUGCUGCAAAUCGUCAGUUCAUGGACUCUGUCAGGAAAGGGGAGCUCCCGUCAGAGCUUCAGAGGACAUUUGAGAAAGAAGAGGUGGCUGUAAAUGUGGAAGACAGGAAGAGUGAAGAGUAUUCAUUGAAGAAGAAGCAAGUGGAUCUGUUCUCUGGGAAGGGCCAUAGACUGGGAAGUGCCACACCAAAGGUUAUCCACAAAGAUGGAGAAGAGCCGAGCUUCCCUACUAUGGAGCUGAACGAGCUGGAGCCUUCUACAAACAUCAAGAUCUGGCUGGCAGAUGGCAAGAGAAUUGUGCAGAAGGUUAACACCUCACACAGGAUCAGUGACGUGCGGCAAUUCCUGGAGUCCGUGCCCUGUAAGUCUGAGAAGCUGCCCUUUAAAUUGGCCACCUCUUUCCCUCUGUGUGACAUCUUAGAUGAGACCAUCACCAUCCAGGAAGCCCACCUGCACAAUGCUGUUCUGGUCCAGAGACUGCAGAAAACCACAGAACCCUUCAGGGAGUCUUAGUCCAGACUCCAUCAGAGAUCGGUGCUAUAAACCACUGAGACUGAUGAUGUAGCGCUUACUUUUUUUAGUUUUUUUUCCUUUUUAUCAAAGAUCUGAGAAGCACUGUGAACAGACUGUACUUAUCCACCUGUUUUGGCGGCUUGUUUUUGAUGCUUUUAUACUAAUUUUUAUGAGGCAAGUGUGAAAAGAUGGAUGCUUACAAGACUGCUAAGUUUUUAUACUGCUUUACACUGCGAGGUUCUGUACUUUCUGGAUACAGGGGGUGCCUCUUACACAUCUCCACCAUCGCU